GUUAAAAUUACUUUGUGCUGCAUCAUGACACCCAGAGAAGGUUGUCACGUAUAGUUGGUUCCGGCCACAGAUAGCUCAACGGCAAGGGAAUGUACGUCUUUCCUUGAAAUCAGACAACUUGGACAAUUGCAUGUAUUACAAGUUUCCUUAUAGCGCUAAUAAUUCUCAGCACAGCUGCUCUAAUAGCAAAUCUUUGACGUCUGGGUCGACGCGGAUUCGAGUGUUUGCGUAAUUAUAGGCCUAGUUAUGAUACUUUUAGGGAAAUCUCGCACUAUUUUGUGAUAAGAAUCGCAUUGGUAUGCAGUAGCAUAGCUAUUUCCGGUUCCAGUCAAAAACAAACUGAAGGUAUCCAGUGACUCAACAUAACAUCGGGGAAGAGUCGGACGCGGCGUGAUCAGACCACAUACGCAACAGCAAGCCCGUUGAAGAGGAUGGCGGACAACCUUUGUUUAGGAUUGCUGUUGUUUCUUUGCGUUUUAUGGCCGAUCAUCAGCUCAGCUUCCAGCAAUGAAGCCUGUUUGUAUGAUGAAGAUGUUGCCACAGCGACUGGUCGGAACUGCACCACCAACAGACUGUGCAGCAUCGAAUACGAUAUCUGCAAAGGGAGUAGGGAAUGCCUGUGCGAUGGAGCAUGUGGCUACCGUUGCAUCAGCACAAGAAAGACGUCAUAUUGCAAGGAGCUACCACCCCCUCUGAAUGGGUCCGUUGAGUACUCUACUGGAAAUCAAGCCUUUGGUUCCAGAGCUUCAUAUGACUGUGACACAGGCUAUCUCUUGUCAUCUGAGGGAACUGAACAGACAUGCCAGGGCGACGGAGAAUGGAGCAUCGGAGAAACACCGCAGUGUUUACCUCAAGAUGAAGUAUGUCCUCGUCUGGCCUCUGUGAAUAGGACAUGCUACCAAGCAUGCAACGUGCGGUUAGAUUGUGAAAAUAAACGACAGGAGAGUUGCCUUUGUGAUGGUGAUUGUGGCAUGAGCUGUCGACCUGUCUAUGUCUCUGGGUACUGCCCGGAGGUGGAACUGAAUCAGGGAGCUGUUGUCGUAUCCAUGACAACCAAGAGAAUCGUCUACACAUCUGUGGUGACGCUGGGCUGUAAAGAUCGAUUUGAAGUAGAGGAAGGCAGUGUGGAGAUCAGGUGCUUGAUUGACCGCACCUGGAGUGGCCAACCCCUCCGCUGUAGACGUAAAGCUGCAUGCGAAGACCCCCCCGAGAUAGAGGGUGUACGGCAUGACAGUUGGGAGGCCUAUUUCUACCCAGGUGAUGAGCUUUUCUACACCUGCAGGCCUGGCUACCACGGUUAUGGACUUGGGGAAAAAAGCUCUUGCCGUGAAGAUUUGAGCUGGACACCUGUGUCGCUCGACUGUUAUCCUAUAAGUUGCGGGGAUCCAGGCUACUUGAGCAAUGGCUGGCGUGAGGGCAACCUAUUCACCUUUCUGAGUAGAGUCACUUUCCAUUGCAACGCCGGCUAUGAGAUGCAAGGCUACCCUUACAGAACCUGCAUGUCCAACCAGAGGUGGACCUCAUUCUUGCCUACAUGUGUCGCCAUUGAGUGCCCAGAGUUAUAUGCCCCAGAGCAUGGCUCGAUACAGGGCAGACGAUUCACAUACAACUCUCAGGUUUACUUGGAUUGUGAAGAUGGUUACAAGCUGAGCGGAAGUGAGCAGAGGCGUUGUCAAGGCAACAAGACAUGGAGCGGAGAAGAGACGAUAUGUCGAGUCAUCACUUGCCCACAGCCAGAGGCACCGCUCCAUGGUUCCAAGAUAUCACCUCGGUACAACCUGGAUGCUAUUGUUCGCUUCUCAUGCAAUCAGGGCUACACAUUGAUUGGGAGCCGGACUGCAAGGUGCACUGAAGAGGAGACCUGGUCCCAACCCACGCCAGAGUGUCAAGCUGAUUGCAUUGUGCUGAGUACCCCUGAGCAUGGCUCUUACUUGAGACGUUAUACAGCUAAUGAAGUGGUUGAGCAUGGAACAGUAAUAGAGAUUGUAUGCAGUAGAUGGUACAGCUUGAACAGUGAUGAGGAAUACACAUGUACCAACGGACAGUGGUCGUUUGAUGCAAAGUGUGUAGCAACACCCUGUUCCAAGCUACCAGAACUACUGAAUGGACUUAUUGUAUAUGACCCAGAGUUGGUGAAUCAGUCCCUGCCCACCGUCCCUCAUGAAACACGGGCUACAUACACAUGUCUGUAUGGCUUUGAACUGCAGGGAAUGCACAGAAAACCGCAGUGUUACUAUGGCACUUGGUAUUAUAAAACAUCAGAGCCAGUCUGUUCACCAAAGUUGUGCAGUCAAGACAACUUGGAGCACGGCAGCGUACGUUACACUAAGAACAAUGAAGAAUUCAAUGUCCGGGACCAAGACCCCCAUCAUGGUGUUUCCAGGACUUUUAAAUGCAGCCGCGGUUACAGUCUGGUCUCAGCCAAGACAGAAGCAUCAGUAUGUGUAGAUGGGGUGUGGAAUACGACUCUUCCAGCAUGUGGGCCAGAUUCUUGCUCCAGACCAGCUGUUGCCGCUAGUAACGUGGAGGUGCAAAGCUUGGGGCAUGGCGGUACGGCCCGUGUUACAUGUGACCAGGGCCUGAAACCAAGUGUUGGAAAUGGUGGUCUACAUUGCCAUGCUGGGCAUUGGGUACCAGAGGGCAUAAUGUGCAUUAGCAGCGAUGCGUCAUCCAAUGUAGCAUAUGGAAGACCAGCAUCGCAAAGCCCAAGAUCUGAUGAAUCUAACAGACAGCAAGCAAGCUUAGCAGUGGAUGGAGAUAGGACCACAGACAGUGAACAUGGCAGCUGCACUACUGCAGGGAAAUCUGGAAGGCAAGUUUUCUGGGAGGUAGAUUUGCAGGCUACAUACAGGAUAGAAUACGUGGACAUCUAUUCCAAGCGCAAACCCAAACUGAUAGGUGCAACAGUCCAAGUCGGAUACCCUGAUGCCGCAAGAGAGUCGUACAGUCAAUGUGGUCUCACAAUAAGUUCCCAGAUGGCAAGAGGUCGUCAGCCCAGAGUGCGAGUGGAUUGCAACCGCGAGCUGAUUGCUGGGCAAAUCAUCAGGAUCGAGCUGCAGGAAUCUGACAAAUUAAGUCUGUGCGAAGUAGAGGUGUUUGCUACUGGUCCCAUUGCAACAUGUAGGAUCCCUCACAUCGCCGGUAUGAGACAAACACUAGAAGGUGAUGGUGGGGUGCCGCUUACAAACGCUCAAGUUCCUCCAGGAACAGGCAUUGCCUAUAACUGUGAGACAGGCUACCAGCACAAUGGAGCUGUGGAUAACCUGUGCAGAGGGGACGGUACAUGGGCUAGACAGCUUCCUACUUGCGAUGCAGCUGAUUGUGAGGUUUCUGACCCAUUCAAUGGUGAGCUUGAUCAACGGAUCAGAAGUAUCCGGCACAACAGUGAGCUUGCUUACUCUUGUAAUGAUGGAUAUGAGAAGGAGAAUAAGGUGACUCGUUGUGAGUUGGGGGAGUUGACCCCAGGCCCACCAAAGUGUGUCCACCAACGCUGUCCUUUCUGGGCGCUUGGUCUCAGUAACGUUAUGAUCAACAACCAGGAGCUUGAACCAGAUGCAGAGGGGAAAGUAUACAUUCCUCAUGAGACAGCUGUCUACUUCAGCUGCAAAAGAGGAUUUGAAUUAGUAAAUAACAAUGGAAACACUCCUCGAUGUUUGAUGGGAGAGCUUCUUGAUUACACACAUGUUCCAGCCUGUUAUGCAGUCCGGUGCCGUGAUCCUUACCUUAUGCAUGGUAGCUUCCGCCUUAUCCAGGGCGAUCGUUAUGAGCAUGGGUCCACCAUAAGGUACGAGUGUAACCCAGGUUAUACAUUACAAGAUCCAGCCGCUGAAUAUUCCCAUUGUGAUGAUGGCACAUGGAGCAGGGAGAUACCACCCGUAUGCCAAUCAGAUGAAGUACCUGACGCACCUGUGGCAGCUGCCACAUGUCCCACACCGUCAGUCCCCAGUGCCCUCAUCUACCACCGUGGCCAAAACAUUGCCACAGCAGGCUUUGAAAUCAUCUUUGGUAAUCGUGAUGAGAUUGAGGUUCGAUGUAAUACAGACUUCACAGUCAGUGGCAGGGAGGCAGUGACCACUACUUGUUGGAAUGGAGCCUGGACUCCUGCACUACCACGUUGCGCGGUUACAUACAAGCGCUCUUGUUCUCGUCCUGGGAAGAUCACGAAUGUCAGACAGUAUGGUGACGAUUCAAUCAAGCUACUUGACACCCCUCGCACCUCAUUCUUCCAUGAAUCCACCAUAAUGUCGCGGUGUCAGGAUCCAUUGAAGAUGAAACUGGUAACUGGUCCGCUCCGCACCUGUAAUGACGGCAGAUGGACUGGACCCGUGCCAGUAUGCUUGCGAGCAUUAACUAGCUUCAGCCUCCCAGCCUUAGAUACCACGCUCCAUCAGUUCAUGGCUAAUGGAACCUUGCUCAUCUACCCUGGUGUUGGUCAGUUGAAUGUGGAUUGCAUCGUCUCCAGCGGUUACCCAGUUUUAGAACAGAGUCACUCGCAAGAACGGGUUCCAGGUGGUCGAGGACAAAAGAAGUAUGGUGUACCUGCAGAAGGUCAUUCAGGGACUUACAUCUGUAAGAAGUUUGGAUCGCCAACUGCAUUUCAUCGGCUUAUGAUACAGGUAAGAGCCGUUUCCUGUUCAGAGCCAAGUCCCCCGUUAAACAGUCGUCGUAUCGGUGAUGACUUCCGCCUAACAAAGUCAGUAUCAUUUAAAUGCAACGAGGGCUAUGAUCUCAUCGGGGAACGGACGAUCAAAUGCAACCUUGGUAAAUGGUUGGGAGAAAAACCACGCUGCAGAGCUCGGGACUGUCCUGAGAUCAACAUGGCACACCUAGACCCCAACCUACGUCUCACGAUAAAUGGAGGCAACUCACCAGGCUCAGUAGUGAUAUUUACUUGCCAAUCCGGAUUCCAUCGGGUAGGAGAAACACGCCUCACUUGCCAGGGUGGCAGCUGGUCUCUUCCCUUCCCUACUUGUGAAGCCGAUGUUCCCGAUGACACAGGCCCGCUAUUGGGGCCAGAUGACUGUAACUGUGAGGUUUGGGAGAGAUGUGUGGCCAACAGAAACGGCCCAUCAACAUGCCACUGCAUCCACCCGCGGCAGUGUGAUGACGUAGGCCAGGAGCAAUACUGUGGUAGUGACGGUCGAACGUACACCAGCAUCUGCAGAAUGAAGGCUGCAGGCUGUCUGCUGGACUUGGACAUACAGGUCGUCAGCAAUGGACCUUGCCCAGAAACAACUGGGGAUCCCAAUCAGCCAGAAGAAGAUACUUUAUACAGUGAUUAUGCUUCUGAGAGCUCCGAGUUGUCCAUGGACUCAGCUUUGUCACCGAUACCAGCAGAUGGAAAAGACAUGCCUACUGCUGCUGACCGAUCAGUAGAAGGCACCACGCAGGGAAGCAGUACCUCCAUACAGUAUUGUGAGACUUGCGUUGCCCUAAACCUUGGAACGGCUUGCCAGAAUUCAACACAUGUCUUCGUUGGCAUACCGCAGAAAGUUGAGCCAGCUCAGCCAGACAGUCUCAACUACAGUGUGAAUGUCGUGACUACCAUCAAAGGUUACACUCAUACCCAAGAUAUCACUUUCCUGAUGCAAGGGACUCUUGAUGAAACCAACCAGUGUUAUUGCCCCAGAGUCACUGUAGGGCAUGAUGAGUACCUUUUUAUUUUGCGAGAGAAUAGUUCUGCAAGUUUCCCAAUCACAAAUGGCUUUGUUGGAUUAUGGGCCGACCACAGUGCAACUUACAAUAGCACCUGCAACUUGUAAUUCCUUGGCCACAUUCAUUGUCCAUUCAAGUUUUGGCUAUUUUGACCUUUAACCCCUUCAAGACCAGGAGUAUCAACAGUGUCCAGUAAAAUGAUUUUAAAUAUGAUUGAGGUUGUGUUGAAUUUAUUGUGCAUCAAAUAGGUCAACAAUGGGCACGCAAAAACACUGCUGCAGAACGCUUUUAUACUAUGUUUUUUUUUUAUAUCCAUAUAGACAUUUCCCCAAAAAUAUGACGACGUCAGCCAAAGACACCUUAAAUUGAGUACUUAUAGCAUGGUUGAUGCUAUAACCCAUUCCUGGUGGUUAAAAGCCCAUCACAUGGCCGGUCUUAUAUGAUAAAGACCGGUAAGCUGGUAUUAAACACUUUUUCCAGUGUCACAUAAAAUUUGGACUCUAUGAAAUCCAGUGCCUUUUACGUUUUAUUAGUUGAAUGUUCACAAUCCUCACAUAGGCAUGCACAAUGGUAGCAGUGAGUCAGAAUUUCUUAGUCCUAAAUUCACAACGCACCACCCCAGUGGCAUUCCGCCGCGCCAAGCUCCAUAAAAGGAGGUGUUUACGACAUACUCGUGAGCUGGACACUCCGUUAUAUAGCUAGAGUUAUAUAAGUAUUGAAAAACAUGAAAUGAGCUUGUUGAAAAAAAUCUUUGGAAAUUUUGAAUUGUUGACUUGUUUUGACUUUUCGACCGAAAAGUUUUUAUCUUUUUAAAUUUUUAUGGUUUUUUUUAAAUAUUUUUAUUUGCUUGGUCGGUAUUAAACAUCAUGUUUAAGACCUGGUGGAGGCUGGAUGCUGAUAGUUACCCUUGCCUUUGACUCCAGUAAUUAUCAGCAUCCAUACCCCAAUCAGUCUUAAAUAGAGUGUUUAAAACCUCUGAAGCACACAUUUAUUCCAGUCUGGCUCCAUAACUGUUUGCAAAUGAGUUAUUUUGGCUACCAAAAUGCACUUUUAUUCAAAUUCACUUUUAUUCGAAUUCACCUCUGAUUUUUUUUUUUCAAUACAAGAUACAAAUAGUUAAUCUUUUUUGUUUGAGUUUCAAGGGAUGUUUCUACCAUGUUGUAUAUUUUUUUAACAAUAUUACCUAUUCAAUAAGUUACCUCCACUUCAUUUCGAAACUCAAUAAAUCUAAUUUCUUCAGGGGGAAAAAUAACAAAUAAUAUGAUGAAGGAAAUUUGCCAGUGGUUCUGUAUACAUGUAGUUGCUUGGAUUCGCUGGCGAUUUUCCUCUCAAUCAAGUGUCAUAAACACUCUUUUUGUACAGUCAAAACCGGAAACGACAGGCAACUAUUCAUCCUUCCCCAAAAAAGGACAUUUUUUAUAAGAAGGAAUUUUAAUCAGGGAGAUAUUUUAUAAUGGGUUUGCCGUUUUUCGCUCACAUAUUUAGAAACACUGUUUUGGACGGCGCGGUAUUAUGUUAUGGUUAGCUGAGCCAGUGAAUAGUCAUUUGAAUGUGCUGUUCAUCGGUUGCUAUGUAACCAUCCAGCACUCCAUGUUUAAGAACCAUUGAGUUUCAAGACAAUGGGUCUUGGAUCUAGAUAAGGCAAUGUAAACAUUUCCUGGAUGUCCGCGCCUGCCUAUACUUCGAGUUAUCCGAGGGUAGUUUGUGGGCAAACAUUCACAAACCCGGACCCGACUCGGCUGGGUCGUGGGUUCGAGUUCCACCUGGCUAAGCUUGUGAAUUUCCUGCAAGCAGACAACGCUGAGUCAUAUACAGUGUUUAUGACUAUGUUGGCUAAGGACAACCCCCAAUAUAAUACAGGACACUUUUAGUAAAUAUUGGUUUUUUAUUUCAAUUUUAUGAUUAAAGAGUAUUUUAGGAGGUCAAAUUUAGGAAUGCACUUUUAGUAAUAAACAUCGCUUUGCCGAAUACAUGCACUGAAGGGAGCACAAUUUUCUUACAUGUAAAUAUAAUUAUACCAAAAAUA